AUGGCACAAUUACCAGUGGUGGGUACAUAUGGAACCGAGGAACCAGACACACCAGAUAUUUUUCAGACUGGAAAUGAUGAAUUAAAUCCACUUAUAGAUAGAACUCAUAAGAUUGUUGAAACAACAUAUAAGAAUGAAUUUCAGAUAUUAGGGAAAUCUACAUUACCUUUAGUUUUAACAACGAUGUUACAAUAUUCUAUGAAUACAAUAUCUGUGUUAGUGGUGGGGCAUAUUGGUGAAAAGGAAUUAGCUGCUGUUUCUUUGGCAAAUGUUACAUUUGUUUUAGCCUCUUCAACUUUCAUUGGUAUGUCAACAUGCUUAGAUACUUUAUGUCCACAGGCUUUUGGUGCUCGUAAAUAUCAUUUAGUUGGUGUUUACCUACAAAGAUGUAUUGCAAUAUGUUUUUUGAUUGCUAUACCACUUCUGAUCAUAUUUUAUAAUAUUAACAUGAUUUUGAAACAUCUUGUACCUGAACAUGUCAUUGGGGAACUAGCACAGUCAUACCUAAGAACCAUAUCAGUGGGUUUACCAGGUUAUAUUCUGUUUGAAAACAGUAAGAGAUUCUUACAAGCCCAAGGAAAUUUCCAUGGCGGUCAAUAUGUGUUAUUCGUAUGUGCUCCAUUGAAUAUUAUGUUCAACUUCUUAUUUGUGUUCAAGUUCGGUUUUGGUUUGAAGGGUUCAGCAUUUGCAGUUGCUUUAAACUACUGGCUUAUGGCGAUUAUGUUAUUUUUGUAUGUUGCAUUUAUUGAUGGUAAAAAAUGUUGGAAUGGGUUUCAAUUUGGUGAGAUUACCAAAGGGUGGAGUGAAAUGUUAAAAUUGGCACUACCAGGUAUUAUUAUGAUUCAAGCAGAAUUUUUUGCAUUUCAAGUCAUAACUUUAUCGUGUUCAUUUUUUGGUACUACAUCUUUAGCUGCACAAUCAAUCGUUUCAAGUGCAGCAUCUCUUGCAUUUCAGAUUCCAUUUUCAACUACCAUUGCAGCUUCUACAAGAAUUGGUAAUCUUAUUGGUUCAAAUUCUGGAUCAGAUGCAAAAUUUGCUGUUGAUGUUACUCUGCUUUCAUCUCUAAUCACAGGCUCUUUCAAUUUUUUAGUUCUUUUUUUCUUAAGACAUCAGAUUGCAAAUAUAUUCACUUCUGAUCCAGUUGUUGCAGCAAAAGCAGCUUCGGUGUUCAUAGUGGUUGCAUUCAAUCAGUUCCCAGAUUGUUUAAAUGUUCAUGCUGCAGGAUGUCUACGUGCUCAAGGUCGUCAAAAGAUUGGUGGAUACCUAAACUUAUUUUCAUAUUAUAUAGUAUCAUUACCUCUUGCGAUGCUAUUUGCUUUCAAAUUUGAAUUAGAAGUCAAAGGUCUAUGGGAAGGUUUGAUGUGCGGUGUGAUUGCGUUAUCUGGUCUUUCAUAUCACUUCAUCCGUCAAUCUGACUGGGAACAAAUUCUCAUCAAGUCCAGAGAAAGACAUGGUAUAACGGUAUAA